UAUUGGAAUGGCAUGUGGCUGCCAUUCUGAAGGGGGAUCCUCUGCUACGCCUUUGAUGUCCACCACUGGGUCCGUUGUCGCUCCUCUCUGUUUUCCAUUUAGACAGAGAUUGUUCUACUCGGGGAAGGGAGGUUGGAGGGAAGCAGAUAAAGGGCAGAGUUGCAUUGGUUUGGACUGCUGUACUCUGAGUACUUACCAUUUAAUGAAGGAGACCAAACUGGUACAUUUUAUAAGAAUUUAUGUCUUUGCCUCAUCAUACUGGACCACCAUGUUGGGAGUAAAAGUUUGGUUUUAAGAAUUAUUUUCCUAAAACAAGCUGUUUCAAAACGUCUCCCUAUUGUGAUGUCAUAGACAGGGAAAUUAGAAUAGAACCAACCCUCUCAUGUGCAAGAGAGACCUGGUGCUGGAGGAGCAGUGGCUCUACUAUGAGCUCCACCUAGAUAUCGGAGCUUCUCAGCUUAUAGCAGCCUGAGCGGUGGAUGGCUGGGCGUUGCCAGCUCCAGCUAUUUUUUUUAAGUUACAAAGCCCCGAAACAGCUCAUUCUGGAAGGUACUGAAAAUUUCAAGAAUGAAACUGUUGAGAUUUGUGAUUGUGAGAAGGGUUUAGUGCAAAUAACUUAAUACACAUGUUUUGUAUUGACCAUAUGACUGUUAUAACUUAGGGAAAAGGAUCGUAAUACACCUCCCUUUAAGGAAAGAUUGUGCUGCUGCUGAUUCCCAGUGUGGCUCCCAAGGAAUUAUUCAGCUGAUAUUUAACAAUUUAAAACUUCAAGAACUUUUAUUUUCUUCCAUUUCAGUCACAUGAGCAGAAAGUACGUUAUCUUUUGGUAGAAUUUGGGGAGCUUUGGUCUUCUGGGAGGGAGGAAAGAGUUAAUCAGAGGGGAUGGCGCGCGCGCAGGGGCGUUUGGUAUAAAACCAGCUCAGGACGCCAACAACACCAGCGUGCGACCAAGUCCUCGUGAAGCGGGUCUCUCGUUGGAAGCGUCCCUCUGGACUCAGAACCAACACUUGGAAGAUCUGAUGCGUGCGUUUCCUGGUUCGGGUUAACACCCCAACAGUCGCCGGAUCAUGCGCUGGAUCAUUACGCGCAGAGUGCGGACAACGCCAGAAGUGCGCAAACGCUGAUGAGGCAAAGGUGAUGAAACCUGUGGCAUGAUGAGGCUGCGAAUGCGGCGGGGACACCAGCUGCAAGUUUCCUGAGCGUGGAGAUUCGUGAGGGAGCGCGCAACAGAAGUGGAUCGGCCCAGCUCAGAUUUACACUUAUGACUGAUUAAUUAAAGGAGAUCACGUUAAAAUAAAACUUAUUUCACUUAGAAAUACAUAAAUCCAGUGUUUUAAAAACCCAAACCCCUCACCCCCUUUUUUUAUCCGUUUCCCCUCAUUUUUUGCUGCUCUGAUUCCCGAAGUGGCUCCUAAGGGGUGUUGCGGCUCCUCGUCCCCGGCGGAUCCAGAGAUCGGAGCCUCUGCACCGGGAGGGGGCGGAGUCGGCGCUCCGGCCACACCGCCAGCUCCUAAGAGCGGCCGCGUCAAGAGGAUGGUGCGCCUGGCGGCAGAGCUGCUGCUGCUUCUGGGACUCCUGCUGCUCACCCUGCACAUCACGGUGCUGCGCAGCAAUCCGCUGCCUCAAGGGAAUGUUACUGUGAGCCUGGAUCAGGACACCGCACACCAAGAGAAACCUCUAAAUGCAAGAAGCGGCUCUUCUGCACAGCUGGUUCUUGAAGACAGGAAGUCCGGUCCCGAGCACCAGCGAACCCGUCAGCCUGCAUCCCUUCCCUGGGCGCAGGGCAGCAACGUGCCCAGGGAUGGCCCUGGAGCGUUCCUCUUGGACCUGCAGAACUUCCCGGACCUCUCCAAGGCAGACAUAGAUGGACAGAACCCCAACAUACAGGUGACCAUUGAAGUGGUGGACGGGCUCGAGGGCCACGAGCCUGAGAAAGGCCUCCGUAAGGAAACAAAGCCCAGCUGGGCCUCUCCCAACUGGGGAAACUGGUGGCCUUCCUCCUCCUCCGUUUCAUCUCCUCAUCAAACAGAGGAGCACGAUGGCUCAUACAGGAGCAAAACAGAGAACAGCAACUUCCUGCGGCCACCAGCCGACUGGGACAGGAGGGGAGGCAAAGCUCAAGCGGAAUAUGACUAUAUCGAUGGAGAAGGGGACUGGAGUAACUGGUCAGCCUGCAGUGUCACCUGUGGAAACGGCAACCAGAAGAGAACCAGGUCUUGCGGUUAUGCCUGUACAGCCACAGAGUCCAGAACCUGUGACAUGCCCAACUGUCCAGGUGUUGAAGAUGCCUUCAAGACAGCAACUACUGAAGUGAGCCUAUUGGCUGGAAAAAAUGAGUUCAAUGCCACAGAACUCUUUGGGGUUGACACAGACAGCUGUGAGCGUUGGAUGAACUGCAAGAGUGACUUCUUGAAGAAGUACAUGGCCAAGGUGGCAAACGACCUCCCCAGCUGCCCGUGCUCUUACCCAACCGAGGUGGCAUACAGCCCAGCAGAGGUUCACGACGCUCCGACACGUCGAGAUUUCCGCUGGAAAGAUGCGAGCGGACCAAAAGAGAAACUGGAGAUCUACAAGCCCACUGCUCGCUACUGCAUCCGAUCCAUGCUCACCUUUGAGUCCACCACACUGGCCGCGCAACACUGCUGCUACGACGACAGCAUGAAAGUCAUCACGCGCGGAAAAGGUGCCGGCACGCCCAACCUCAUCAGCACAGAGUUCUCCGCCGACCUGCAUUAUAAGGUGGACAUCUUGCCUUGGAUCAUCUGUAAAGGAGACUGGAGUCGCUACAACCAAGCCAGGCCGCCCAACAACGAGCAGAAGUGCACGGAAAAUCCCCAGGAUGAAGACUACUACAAACAGUUUGAGGAGGCAAGGGAAUUCUAGCGUGCCGCAAAAACAAAAAGACAAAAUCAGUCGGAGUAAAGCUCAAGUGGAGCUUUUCUUGUCAUUGUAUUCUCUUUUGGGUCUAGACCUUGAAAAUUCUACGACAAAUCUUGCUGCAAAGUGUAGCUGUGUGUGUGUGUGUGUGUGUGUGUGUGUGUGUGUGUGUGUGUGUGUGUAAAUUCACUAAAGGGAGGAACUUGUGCAUACUGUUAAAAGGGAAUAUUCAAUUCAAGUUCAAUUCAAGUUUAUUUAUAUAGCGCCAAAUCACGACAAGAGUCGUCUCAAGGCACUUCACAUAAUAAACAUUCCAAUUCAGGUCAGUUCAUUAAGCCAAUCAGAAAUAUAGUUUCCUAUAAAAGAAACCCAGCAAAUUGCAUCAAGUCACUGACUAGUGUCAGUGACUAUACAGCAAUCCUCAUACCAAGCAAGCAUAAAGCGACAGUGGAGAGGAAAACUCCCUUUUAACAGGAAGAAACCUCCAGAGCAUCCUGGCUCAGUAUAAGCAGCCAUCCUCUACGACUCACUGGGGAUAUCUGUUGUAGAAAUGUCCAUUCUGAUAGAUUUGAUGGGUUUAGUUUGACCCCCACCCACGUAUUGUGUUGAAGAGAAGGGGAAAGCCAGAAAACAGGGUUGCAGAUUUAUUUUUGUAAUUUUAUCAAUGACAAUAUUCAGGUUUCCAUUUAAACUUGUGGGUAUGUUUAUUUAGCAUGCACAUGUUUUAUUUACCUCUGUAAUUCAGCUGCAUCAUUUCUGUUCGUGAGGCAGUUCUUUGUUGUAAAAAAAAAGCCAGCGUUAUUUUUGUAAAGUAUUUAUUAAGCCAUAGCCGAGUUUAGGUGGGAUGUGUAAGACUGUGGUUCCUUAUUCGCUCGUGGAGGAACGUCUCAAUUUCAUCCUUUGAGCCUUUCUCUCAAGAGAGGAUUAAACCUCAACGGAGUGUAAAGAAUGUGUGAAUUCAACGUUAAGGAAACUUGUUUUUGAGCUAUAAUUCUAUUAAUAAAUGUUUUAAAGUCA